CUCGUAGGGCUGGCGAUUCCAGGGCUUCCCGGCGGGUCGCCGGUGCGUCAACCAGCAGUAGGGAAGAAGGUUAUCCUCUCUUUUUCGGAUCUUUCUCGGUAAAUGUCCCAGGAACAGAAGUUUGGGAUAAAACUCAAUCGGCGGUUCAGACCAAACGGGAUCUGCGACCACAUCAGAAUUUCAACGAGAAUAUCGGCGAGUCUUCACGUUUGGCUUCGGCGGCAGGGGUAUCAAUGAAGGCGACCGCAGGACAGGAUCUGCGUCGACGUGGCCUCAUUAGUACCGAUGACGGAACUUCAGCUACGAGGUUUGCUCUCACAGAGGGCGCUCCACAACGGUUUGCACAGAAACAGGGGAUACCCUCCCAACGACGGUGGGGAGUGGACGAAAUCAGGCUCGGGUGGCGACCUGCAACUAGUCGAAACAAGAGACGGCUUGGCUACCAAUCAUUACAGUCCUCAAGACCUGCUAGCACUCGGCUGAUUUGAAGGAACACGACGGAAAUCAGAAAUGUUAAGCAUAAAAGGUCCAACAGACUCAGGGCAAACUCACAGUCAGUAAGGUAUCAGCCUGUUCUUAUGCCAGAUGGGUUUAAAAUUUCAAUUGAAAGUAAAUGCUUUCAAUUCCAUAUAAUUAAUAACAAUGCAUUGCGUAUUUCUGAAAUGAAACAUGAGAUUAUUUCUGUUAUUGUACUUGAUUUGGAAAAGGUUUCUUGGUUGAAGGUCUCUAUCCCCAGUCUAUUUUCUGGUAGCUGGGCUUGCACUAGAUUAGAAUUGAAUUCCACCAUCAUCCUUCAUGAUGCUAAUAUUUUUGGAGGCUUUAUUCGAAUUAUUGAGGAGGGAUGCAAUUCUCUAUUUAUACCUGAAGGAAGAAAUGGAUUUGGAAUUAAUUGUUUCCUGUCAGGGAUUACAAGAGCAAUUACUUUAAUGAUUGCAAGAAUAACGAAGGAGCCAAUGCAGACAAUUGAAUAUGCCACAAGUGUGGUUUUAUCAGGAAAUCAGAAGACACUUGUUAAAGAAGAGAAAGCUACUAAGUGUGCAUCGCAGAGCGAGAAGAUAAUAUCAAGGGAUGUUUUUGUAGAUAUUCCUGAAGAUUUUGUAAGUGAAUGGAUCUGUGGCGAGCAUUUCUACGAACACUCAAGGGAUGAUUUUCUAGGCCAUGCAUCAGAGAGCGAGAAAAGAGCUCCUAUUUCAUCCAUGGAUGACCUCUGGGACUCUAACAUGAAUGAUGAUAUUUGCAAUAAAGCUUUGUUGGUCACACCAGAAAACUGCUUGCACACAGAGAACUUGAACACUCAAAUUAAGAUAUACAGGGAAAAGUAUCAAUGGUCUCAUCAUAUGAGGACAAGAUCUCAAACUCGGCUGGAGUACUGACUAUAUGAUUGAGUGUCGGUUUUUUUGGGAGGGACUUCUAUAUUGUACUUCGGGUUGGGCUGUUUCACUUAUUUGUUUCUCUUUUUUCCUCUUUUUUCUUUCCUUUGUAAUCUUCUUGUUUCUUUCUUUAAUAAUUUUUUGGCUCCUUUAAAAAAAAUACCAUAUUCCAUGCAAUUCCAU